AUGCUAGCGGGAGUGAGGGCUUUAAGAGAUUUCAUCUGGAUCGGAGUAGGACUUCGAGAGUUUUCUGCUUACCCGUUUACUUUGGUUUUGGGGGACUCUAAAGAAAUCGAGACGGACCGCACAGCGUAUGCGUCGGCGCAGGAAUAUAAAGAGGCUUUGGAAGCAUUGCGCAGGAACACCGGCGUUGAACGCUCGAAACCGCAAAGAACCCUCGAAUCAGAGAUUAUACGUUCUGAGGAGGUGUUGCAAGAGUUGACCGAAGAAAUUCUCCCCGAUCCAUGGGAGUUGAAUAACACAGCAAGAUCAGAUGUGGAGCUCUUGUUCUUUAACCGUGUGCCCAAGGUUGGAAGUCAGACGUUUAUGGAACUCCUGCGAAGAUUGGCUAUUCGUAAUCAAUUCGGCUUUCAUCGAGAUGCAGUACAACGUGUAGAAACCAUUCGUCUGGCUCCUGCUGACCAGCAGAUCCUGGCUAGCAUAGUCUCUGCCCACACGCCGCCAGCUUCCUACAUCAAACAUGUAUGCUACACAAACUUUACACGGUUUGGCUAUCCAUCACCCAUUUAUGUGAACGUGGUCCGUGAUCCGAUAGAAAGAGUUAUAUCUUGGUACUACUAUGUGAGAGCGCCGUGGUACUAUGUCGAGAGGAAGCGAGCUUUCCCUGACCUGCCCCUGCCCGAUCCAGCUUGGCUUAAAAAGGAUUUCGAAACGUGCGUACUGAGCGGCGACCGGGAGUGCAGAUAUAUAGAAGGAGAGACUCAUGAAGGCAUCGGAGAUCACCGAAGACAGACCCUGUUCUUCUGCGGACAUGAACCUCAGUGCACGCCUUUCAACACAGCAGAAGCAUUACAACGCGCGAAACGCGUGGUAGAGCAGCAGUACGCGGUGGUGGGAGUCCUGGAAGAUAUGAACUCGACUCUGCUGGCCUUUGAGCGAUACGUGCCUCGAUUCUUCAGAGGAGCCUUAAGGAUGUAUUGGGAGGAGCUAAACACAUUCAACCGGAUCAAUCGAAAUGCAUUCAAACCGCCCGUUUCCGAGGAAGUGAAAAACAUCGUCCGCGCGAACUUCACGCGAGAGAUUGAAUUCUAUGAGUUCUGUAAGCAAAGGCUUCACAUGCAGCUGAAGGCUCUACGGGAUCCCGCCAUUACUCUGCCCUCAACGCCAAGUGAUAGGAGGAGACUUACGUAUGAUAGAUUAUAA